GUUCACCGGGCGGAAGUGGACAAUGGCGGCGCAAACAACGCUGGAGUUUUGUAAGAUGUUGCGUAGCCCAGCAGAAGUUCAAACUAAAUAAGAAAAGCGACCAAACAGAGAAUGUAUUUGCAAGGCAUGGACUGCAUCGUAACAGGAGGAAACGUAAAAGUGCUGGCUAAAGCCAUCCACUCGCUGUCCAGGAUCGGUGAUGAGCUGUAUGUGGAGCCUCAAGAUGAUGGACUGGCUCUGCGGUCUGUCAACUCAUCUCGGUCAGCAUAUGCUUGUUUCCUGUUCGCACCACUCUACUUCAGCAGGUACACCAUUCCUAGUGAGAAUGUUUUCCGUUGCAGGAUGGCAAUAAAGAGUGUGCAGGCUGUGUUCAGGUCUCUGGCGUCUCUUGAGAAGACAGUGGAAAAGUGUCACAUUGUGUUGGACAAAAAGAAAAACCGACUCACAUUCACACUGCACUGCAAACAUGGUUUGCUGAAAACACAUAACCUGUCUUUUCAGGACAGUGAAAGUUUACAGGCGGUUUUUGAUAAGGACAGCUGUGGUAAUGUGUUCAAAGCCAAAUCCAGGCUGCUGGUGGACACAGUCAUGCAUUUUCCUUCAUCACUGGAUGAAGUUACUGUUUCAGUAAAUGCUGACCGGAUGUGGUUCAGGAAUCAUGUGGAUGAAGAAACAGAGUCUAAGGCCAUGCUGACAGAGCUGUGUCUUGCUUCAGAUGAAUUUGAUGAAUUUUCCGUGCAGGAUCACAGCAGUAUUACGUUCUGUCUAAAAGAAUUACGGGGUCUAUUAGUGUUUGCAGAAUCAACAGGUCUUCCUAUUUCUAUGUACUUUGAUGAGCCAGGCAGUCCUGUGGUGCUCUCAGUGACAGACAGUGUCCUGGAAGGAAACUUUGUGCUGGCUACACUUUCUGACGAUCCAAGCCAGCGUAAGAGCAACACAAAGAGAGCACAAACACCACCCCCUCCCCCACCUGAUGAUGAUUUCAUGAAUGAUGACAUGGAUUCCUAUCUCAUCGCCAUGGAUACCAGCAUGGCACCUGGUCCCUCGACUGCUGCUCCAGCCACAACACCGCUAGCUGAAUAUACCUCAAAGCCUCCUGUUGCAGCCAAUCACAGAACGAGGAUACACAGUGACGAUGAACAGGAGGAAGAUGAGACGUCUGAAACAGACGGGCCACCUAACAAGAAGUUUUGUUCUUUGUUCUUUGGAUCCGUGCUUCCCUCGUCGUCUCUGAUGAGCACGCAGCCUUUGACAAACCAGGAAGUGCUGGCCAGUGACAGUGAGGAGGACAGUUAGGCUGAGUGGACUGUGGACAUGGUGUGAAAGAAAUGACGGGCCUGACAGCAGCCACUUUCUACUUUUACUUCGUUUGACAUCGGACCUAGACUACUUGAAUAUACUUGGAAUAUCAUUUGAAUUCUUGUGUUAAUGUUUUGUUUUUAUUUGGACUUAAUUAUGUUAAUAAUAUCUUCAGGACGUUUCAUUGAAGAGUUUUGUCCAGUUUUCAGAUAAUGUCAGAUCAGACAUGAGGCACUUCUGUUCAUCUUUUUUACUGAUCAAUAAGAAGCAAAAAACACCCAAAAUAAAAAAAAGUAUUUUUGAAAGAUCAUUUAUUUAUAAAAAAUAUGUGUUUGUAGUAAGAAUAAGAGGGUCAAAGUCCAUUUUGUUGUUCAAAAAUAUGAACUUUUAAAAUCAUAAUUCUAAAUAAGAGCACAUGGAGAAAAAUAAGAACUGUCACUUUAUGUGUAGGAUUGUAACAACCCCAUCUUUAUUAUAAGGAGAAUAAUCCUGGAAAUUGAACAUUUCCAUAAUUCUGUGGAAAAUAUCUCACAUUUUAUUAAGAAUUAAUAGAAAUAAAAAUAUGUGUCCUUGCCAACCACCUCAC